AUGUCGGACUACUUGCUUCUCGGAGCCGUUACAUUCAUCGCGCUGGGCACCAGCUUUCUUCUACGCCCGAAGUACCAACGACCACCUGCGUAUAUCGGAGAUCGUGAGGAUGUCACGACGUUGGUACGCACUGCAGCGAUCAAGAAGACGGCCAUGUGGGAGGUAUUUGACGGGCUCGCGAAGAAAUAUGGCGAUAUCUUUUCAUUCGAGCUCGGAGGAAAGCCAAUCGUUGUUCUGAACUCUGCUCAGAUGGCCACUGAUCUUCUCGACAAGCGAGGAGAUAUCUACUCAAGUCGUCCUCGCCUUAUCAUGGCACAUGAGAUUCUCGCUGGGAACCUACGUGGUUUGAGCGCCCCGUAUGGUGAAUAUUGGCGCAAAUGGCGGAAGAUUCAACACACCGGCAUGAGCGGACGAGCAUCGCUUGCGUACCGCGAACAUCAAGCACUGGAGUCAACAAUUCUACUUCGUGAUCUCGCACUUGAUUCGAGUAACUAUUCUUCCUUAGUCGAAAGGUUUGCAGUAUCGGUAGUGACGUCCAUCAGCUAUGGGAAACGGGCUUCGAGCCUUGAAGAAGAGGCCGUCAGAAGUUACAACGGUACAACUUUCAUCUUCCUUCGUUCUGGCAACUCUCUGACAGGCUUGUGCCUUCGAUCUAGUAUAAUUGGCUUCGGAAAGCAAAUAGUCGACGAUUGGCCAAGUCUGCUCUGGCUCCCGCGUCGGCUUCAAUGGUUCCGUCACGACGCCGACAAGAAAUUCGCAGGAGACACAUCCUUCUACGUUCAGCUAUUGAGGGACGUCCGCAAACGAAUGGAUGCAGGUACUGCGAAAGAAUGCAUGUCCUCGCGUAGUCUGGAGGCGCCUAGCGGCAAUGUCAGCGAAGUCGAGCUCGCAUACUCGGUGGCGGCUCCGUUUGGUGCGGGUGUUGAUACGACCUCGGGCAGCAUAGAAUACGCCAUCCUUGCGAUGAUUCUCUACCCAGAAACGGCCCAUAGAGUCCAAGUCGAACUCGACGCUGUCGUCGGACGAGGACGAUUCCCUGGUUUCGAGGACGAAUCUGCUCUUCCAUACCUGCGCAGCUUCAUUCUGGAACUCUCGCGAUGGCGGCCACCUGUUUCACUCGCCGUUCCUCAUGCUGUGACGAGGGACGACUUCUUUCGAGGCGGUAGAAUCGCGAAGGGGACUACAGUUUACGGAAAUAUCUACACCAUGAUGCAGGACCCUGUCAUGUUCCCAGAGCCAGAAGAAUUCCAACCUGAACGGUUUCCUAAUGAUAAGAUUGCCUCGGACUUUACGAUACCGUUCGGCUUUGGAAGGAGGCAAUGUCCCGGGAUGCAUGUAGCUUCGCAAUCGCUUUUCAUCGUCAUUGCGCGACUACUCUGGGCGUUCGACGUCGUGUCCCUCUCCACCCCGGACCCACACUCCUAUGUGAACCAUGGACUGGUAAGAGGUCCAGGCAAGAUAUCGUUCGAAUUGCGUUUCAGGGACAAAGACGCGAGGAGGUUAGUGGAGGCAGAGGCUGCGGAGGCUGAAGAGCGGCUGAAGGAAUGGGCCUAG